AAUUGCGAAAGAAUCAUAUCUCCACGGACUGUGUAUGCAUAACGUAUUUACUUGUUCUUCUGCGAGUGCAUUUCAGAUACUUUUUUCGAUUUUGUUCCACGUUGAUCGUGUAUGAAGCGCAUAAUCAGAUUAUCAAACGGUGCAGUUUUUGUUUUAUCGAGGAAUACAGAGAUUGACUUUCAGAGGAUUUUAAAGAUAUAAAUAUGACCACGUCAUGGAGCGACAGACUGCAGAACUAUGCAGACCUUCCAGCCAACAUGGACGGGCUGGCCAUGAAGAAGUACCGCAGAGAGGCUUACCAUAGAGUUUUUGUAAACAGAAGCUUGGCCAUGGAGAAGAUUAAAUGCUUUGGCUUCGAUAUGGAUUACACUCUAGCCGUGUACAAGUCUCCAGAGUAUGAGUCCCUGGGCUUUGAGCUGACCGUGGAGCGCCUGGUCCACAUCGGUUACCCCCAGGAGCUGCUCAGCUUCGUCUACGACCCCGCCUUCCCCACCAGAGGCCUGGUGUUUGACACCAUGUAUGGGAACCUGUUGAAGGUGGACGCGUACGGCAACAUCCUAGUCUGUGUCCACGGCUUCAAUUUCCUACGAGGACCUGAAAUACGGGAGCUAUACCCGAACAAGUUCAUCCAACGUGACGACACUGAACGUUUCUAUAUCCUCAACACUCUCUUCAACUUGCCAGAGACCUACCUUUUUGCCUGCCUCGUGGACUUCUUCUCAAACUGUGACCGAUAUGCAAGCUGUGAGACUGGCUUUAAAGAUGGCGACCUCUUCAUGUCCUUCAAGAGCAUGUUCCAGGACAUCCGCGACGCCGUCGACUGGGUCCACUUCAAGGGCACCCUGAAGGAAAAGACAGUAGAGAACCUUGAAAAGUACGUAGUGAGAGACGCAAAGCUGCCUCUCCUGCUGAGUAGAUUGAAUGAAGUAGCCAAGGUGUUCCUGGCCACCAACAGUGACUACAAAUACACACACAAGAUCAUGACAUACCUGUUUGACUUCCCCCACGGCCCGAAGCACGGGACGGCCCACCGGCCGUGGCAGUCCUACUUUGACCUGAUUCUGGUGGACGCCAGGAAGCCUCUGUUCUUUGGAGAGGGAACGGUGCUCAGACAAGUCGACACAACAACAGGGCGGCUGAAGAUCGGGACCUACACCGGACCCCUGCACCAUGGCAUCGUCUACUCUGGAGGUUCUUCUGACAUCGUGUGUGACCUGCUGGGGGCCAAGGGGAAGGACAUCGUCUACAUCGGAGACCACAUCUUCGGGGACAUCCUCAAGUCCAAGAAACGCCAGGGCUGGAGGACCUUCCUCGUCAUCCCCGAGCUGGCCCAGGAGUUACAUGUCUGGACUGACAAGAGCUCGUUAUUCGAGGAAUUGCAGGGCCUGGACAUUUUCUUGGCGGAGCUCUACAAGCAUCUGGACAGCAGUAGUAAUGAGAGACCUGACAUCAGUGCUCUCCAGAGAAGGGUCAAGAAGGUGACCCAUGACAUGGACAUGUGCUAUGGUAUGAUGGGUAGUCUGUUCAGGUCUGGCUCCAGACAGACUCUGUUUGCCUCUCAGGUGAUGCGCUAUGCUGACCUGUACGCUGCUUCCUUCAUCAACCUCCUGUACUAUCCCUUCAGCUACCUCUUCAGAGCUGCUCACGUACUGAUGCCCCACGAGUCAACGGUGGAGCACGCGCACAUCGACACGGACACCGAGUCCCCCCUGGCCACGCGCAACCGCCACUGCACUGACAGCAAGGACCCGGAGUGCUGUAGCAACAGGAACCACAGCCAGCUGACCCGGUCCAUCAGUGAGAUCAAACCCCCCAACAUGUUCCCCCAGACCCCCCAGGAGAUCACCCACUGCCACGAUGAAGACGACGAUGAGGAGGAGGAAGAGUAGAUGGAGGAGGUGUGAUGGCGUGACCCGAACCAGGCUUGAUUCCUUCCUAGGAAGAGGAAGAGAGAGAGGAGUGAAAAACCGUCUUGAUUCCUUCCUGAUGUUUCCCUGAGGGGGUUUUAGAGUAUAAAUACUUCUAGGAAGAUAUAAAUGAUAAUGUACUCUAUAGUCCACAGUAAGAGUCCAUGUAGGAUACAUUGGAAUGAGGCGGGAGGGGAUAUGGCCAUUGUAGUGUAUCUAUAGGAGAUUUAUAUAUAGAGAGAAAUUAAGCUACUUUUUAUACUAGAGAUGUAUCAGGAUAUAUAGGUUUUAUUAAUCAGAUCAGUCAACUGUAUGUUACUAUAGUAACAGUUGCUGCUCGGUUCUCCAAAAACGUUACCCCGUGCCCACCCCUUUUCAAGUUUUACGUUUUCAAUGUUUGUUUUUUCUAUGGAUUUUUAUGAUGAAAUAGGAAAAGGUUGACUUGAAGUUGGCCCAUUUUUUUAUUUAUUUUAAUUUUAAUUUUUAAGUUGAUGAAGCUUAAACAGUUUUUACGGCAUAGGAUGUUGUAGCAGACAAAUAUACACGAAUACACACAAGAAGCAAAUAUUACGAACACUACUUUUCUCUGUACUGACCUUACACAGUGUCUGGUCAUAGAGAAUAAUUCCCUGUGUGUGUUUACAUAGUACACCAUAAUGCAGGCACCAUACUGUAGUUUCAAUGUGAAGCACUAAGACGGAAUAGCCUUUGCCAAACAGUAUGUGCAGUACUGUAUAUAAGCUCUAUAUACUGUUUUGCUGUUAUCCUUUUGAAAUGACAGAACGUGUUCUAGCCCUGCUGUACUGGCGUUGAAAGAACACGCGUAUCGAGCAACAUGGCAAUCCAAAAACAUGGUCCAAAAAUGUAUUUCUCGCUGUUUGUUAUUUUGGUCUUUUUUUUGCAGUAUAAUUCCUCCCGUCGUGACCCUGCAUAACACAGCUUGUGUGUGUGUGUGUCCGGCCUUGGCCAAUCAAAAGUCGAGUUUGUGUUGUCCUGAGCGACUGUAACCAAGGCAUCCAUAAUUGUACUAAAGAACAGUGUGAUGUAUGUUUUGGGUUACACAAAGCACAAGUCUGAUUGUGGGUAACUAAUUGUCAAUAUUAGCUCGAUAUGACAUGAAACGUGCUGUCUAUUUUAAAGUAUGGUGCACAUAAUGUAAUCUGUGAUUCUGUGUGGUUAAUUUCAACUGACGUUUUGAAAUGCAUGAAAUGUUGUUUCUAGGCAACCGUGCGUACAGGGUAACGAUUAUGCUGCCUCUGUACAGAUGUGUUCUAUGGCAACUGUGGACGGUCACAUAGGCCUAAUGCUAUUGAGAGGCUGUGACCCAGUAUUACUGUUCUCAUACAUGAUACUGUAAAAAGCAAGACAUUCAUCAUGCAAAAUACUAUUACAUUUUUUUUGUUCUCCUGUAGGAUGAUAUGAGAUAUGGAAUCCUGCAACAUUGUUACACUAUGUGCAACUAACAUGCAGUAGUAGUUUUACCUUUUUUUUUUACUAAGCUUGGAGUUGUUCGUUAGGUGUUCUCUUGAAUAUUACAUUGUGACAGUUUUAUUUUUUAUUGCAUAGAACCGCUUUAGUUAGAACUGUCAUAUCCACCCCUACCGAACCAAACCCAUAGAACCGCUUUAGUUAGAACUGUCAUUCACCCCUACCGAACCAAACCCUCAUAUUCCAUGUGUGAUAAUAUGGUCUGGUGUUUCCUAGUCAUUCUUUGCAGUUAACAUGGAGAGUACAGUAUGUUAUAGGAACAGACCUGGGUUCAAAUACUAUUUAAAAUGUUUCAAAUACUUGAGCCUGCUUGUAGUGCCAGGUGGGCAGAGUUGAACUUUUGUGAACAUUUUUCUGGUUCCAUUGCUCCAGGCAAGCUCAGUCAAGCCCCAAUAAAGUAUAUGAACUGAUUUUGAAUAGUAUUUGAACCCAGGUCUAAUCUACAGUAGGCCUUGAUAUGCAAAAAGUAAAUUCAGGUCAGCCUGGGUGCUGUGGCAUUGUGUAGGCCUUGCACGGGCACCAGACAAGGAACCAACACCUUGGCGAGAGUGCGUUUGUGUCUGACUGCCCCAGAGAGGUUCGGUUGGGCCUGGGAAAAGGACAAGAGUGUGCCCUCCUGACUGGUGGGAAUAGCUUGUAGACUCCCCCUAGCAGGAAGAUGUAGUAUGAACGAUGUAUAAAGGACUGUAGCUACAGUAUUCUAGUAUUCUGGAGUUUUGUUGGAUCACUUAGGGGUAAGAAACACUGAAUGAUGCAAAGAAGCACCUGAUAUUUCCCAACAGGGUUGCGUUUGCUGUCUCCAAACAUGAGCAAACCUUUUUAAUUUCAAAAUGGAAAUUGCAAUCGUUGAUUAGGCCCACAAUUCCACUGAAACGUUGAGAUACUUCAAAAAAAUGUGACUGGAAAAUGUUACCGAAUUGCUUAAUAUUAAACUUUCCUGUUUAGCAAUGGAAAUUCUUAACAUUUUCAGUUGAGUGUCCUAAUGAACAUGACCCAGAUGGUAUGCAGUACGGAGGGCAGGACAACUGCCCUGGAAGAGGGACGUUUUUUUGAUUGUUCUAGGUUAUCUGCAAUAUCAUAUGUGUAUUCUAUGUAAAACAUGCGUAUCACUUUAUUUCUAAGGCAUGUAGUUGUGUAGCUAGAGGUUUCGAUUGGCCUGUUGAUUUGGACUGAUGAAGGGAAGACCAAUAGCAGGUCUCUGUUUGUAACCUGGUGUUGUUUGCCGAGGCAAGUAGUAAAAAGUGGAAUGUGGGUUCAACUGGGGAUCUUUGUAACAAUUUUAGUAAGAGUAGAAUCUGUUUUAGAGGAACUAUAUAGUGGUUCAAUAUUUUAUUACUCUCUGAAAAAAAAGUAUAUCUUUUUAAGUAUUGAUUUAACUGGAAAUACUACAAAAACACCCGGGCAGCUGUAUUCUUCACCUGGUUGGUUAGUUGUUGUUUUUUGGUCUCAUUACUGACGAAUUCAUAAUAAAGCUUGGUCGUUGGGAGGAAAAUUUGAAGUCCUUUUCUGUCAAAACACUUUACAAGACAUUAUUUCUAUGCAAUGCCGCAGUACAGUGCAUUAUACAUGUAAACUAAGUUACUAAAAGGCUGGCCAAUGCAAGCAAAUGGCUUACGUCAAAGUUGUUAUAACUAUGGCUAGAACCGGGUUAGGGCUACAACUUAUAUGUGGAAGAAAAGAAAACAUGUCCGUCGGUGAGGAAAAAGCUAUGGCCACAAGUUCUACAAGGUCGUCUGUGUAGUAACAAUUGUACACUUAAUAAUAAUAGCCUUGCAGACCGAUAUGCUGAAAACUAGGCGAUGUUGAAGAGCAUGUAUUUACCUUGCAUCAGAAAUGGCAUUUUUUUCAACAACAACACCUUGGUUUUGCUGUUUGUAUUUGUUUUUUCUAACCAGUGUUUUCAUAUUCUUAGUUUACAACGUUGUAUAUAGUAUUAUAAGCUUUUACAUUUACAUGUUGUGGAAGAAAUGUUCCUUAAAUUCUUUACAUCUUUUUUGUUUUUUUGGCAUUUUUCUGGUUUCAGACACCUUUUUUACUAUAACGGCUUCAGUGAGUGUCUGAGCUAGCUAAACCUGGCCGACAGGUUAAUGCCACGAUCCAUUUAUACAAUUUGUCCAUUUGAUACAAAAUUUCAACAAUUGCAGACCGAGCGUGACAACUAUCACGCAUUCACUUAUUUUGUUUCGUGCAUUUUCUUGGAUGUUCCUCAGAGCGUUUUGUUUCCAGAAUUAUUAUAUAAUGUGUACAUUGGGGAAAUUACAUUUAUAUGUACAAUAAAAGCUAAUUUUCCAUAAUAAGUCAC